GAGGUGUUUGAAGCCGGGUGGUGUGUGGGCUCUCCUAAAUUGUGUGGCUGGGGUCGCGCCCCGGGUGUGCGUUGCGAGUUUGUGUGCUGGGGGGGUGGCUCUCCUAACAGCGCAGUUCGGCGGCGCGACUGUGGCGGCGGCGGCGGCGAGAGGGAGCAGGUGCUCGGAAAGAAUGGAUGAUGACGAUUUUGGUGGUUUUGAGGCUGCAGAGAUUUUUGAUGGUGGAAGUGGUGAAAACCAAACUACAUCUCCUGCUAUUCCUUGGGCUGCUUUUCCUACAGUGUCUGGAGUCCAUCUUUCUCCAGCUUCUCCUGCAAUUGUGCUGGACCAUGACCACUCUUCUCCUUCAGGUGGCUGCCUCUCUUCUGAGCACAUCGUUUCAUCGCCAGAGAUGACACACGCUGACAACAGUGUCGUCAGCCAGACUGUUCCGAAAAUACCGAUUCAGCAAUCAACACACACUGAUCUGGAUAUCUCACUUUUUCCAUUGGGUUUAACUGAUGAGAAAAGUAAUGGAACAAUUGCUCUUGUGGAUGAUUCUGAGGAUCCUGGAGCCAAUGUAUCAAACAUACAGCUUCAGCAGAAAAUUUCAAGCCUGGAGAUGAAACUCAAAGUUUCUGAAGAAGAAAAACAGAGAAUUAAAAAGGAUGUGGAACUGUUGCUAGAAAAGCAUAGUGUCUUGGAAAAAGAUUUCCUUAAAGAAAAAGAGCAAGAGGCCAUUUCUUUUCAAGAUAGAUACAAAGAACUUCAGGAAAAACAUAAACAAGAAUUGGAAGACAUGAGGAAAGCUGGUCAUGAAGCCCUCAGCAUUAUUGUGGAUGAAUAUAAGGCACUACUACAGUCUUCAGUUAAGCAACAAGUAGAAGCUAUUGAAAAACAGUACAUUUCUGCAAUUGAGAAACAAGCACACAAGUGUGAAGAGUUGCUAAAUGCUCAGCACCAGAGGCUCCUCGAAAUGCUAGAGGUAGAGAAGGACCUGUUAAAAGAAAAGAUAAAGGAAGCUUUGACUCAGCAGUCUCAAGAACAGAAGGAAAUAUUUGAAAGAUGUUUGGAGGAAGAAAGGCAAAGAAAUAAGGAGACAUUAGUGUCCGCUGCAAAGCUUGAGAAAGAAGCAAUGAAGGAUGAAGUUUUAAAAGCCAUAGAAGAAGAAAGAAAAAAAUUGGACAAAGCUCAUGCUGAAGAACGGGAAUUAUGGAAGACUGAGCAUGCAAAAGAUCAAGAACAAGUAUCUCAGGCAAUUGAAAAAGCUAUACAAGAACAAAGAAAAAUUAGUCAGGAAACUGUUAAGGCAGCAAUAAUCGAGGAGCAAAAGCGAAGUGAAAAGGCUGUGGAAGAGGCAGUGAAAAAAGCAAGAGAUGAAUUGAUAGAAUAUGUAAAAGAACAGAAAAGGCUUGACCAAGUCAUCCGCCAGAGGAGCCUGUCCAGUUUGGAACUGUUCCUGUCCUGCGCUCAGAAGCAGUUGAGCGCUCUGAUAGCCACGGAGCCGGUUGACGUUGAGUAAAGAAAGCACGGCAGGCUGACCGACACUGGCACACUGGCAACUGGCCACGGCGGAUGAAUCAUUAGACCUCUAAAUACAUGCUGUGAAUGAUACAGACGCCUUUGUUUUCUUUCCACAUCUUGGAUAAUUGAUUUUCACUUCAAGGAUAAACCAAAACAAUAUUUAGAACUAUCAAGAGAUCUAAUUUAUUUCAUUUUAUUUUCUCCUUUCUAUUUACUAUUAUUUUAGUAGCAGUAGUAGUAGUAGUAGCAGCAUCAGCAGCAACAAAAAGUAUGAUGUGACUCAAAAGCCAUUGAAAAUUGCCACAUUACCAAAAGUUAAUCAGGUACACCUUAUAGCCUCUGGUGGCCUGUUAUAUUGUAUUUGGCAAAAGUAGUAAAUAUCUUUACUUACUGCUUAGCAGUGACUCAGUAAGAUGUUAGAAUGUAAUCAUACGUUUACUUGAUUUUGAGGAUAAAAACAACAUGGAUUUCAGUAUCUCCUGGCAUCACCACACUUCUUGAAUAGGAUCUGUUCUUAUUGGUAACAUUGAAAGCACUAAAGAUUAUUAUAUUAAUUCAACUGUGAUCUGAUGUACCACUUAAAUGGGUAUGUGUGUGAUACAUGCUUAUUUCCUAUUUCUGUUCUUCAAAGUCACUAUAAAUCAAUAGUCAUUUUUUAAACAAAUCAUGCCAUGAACUUCAUCUCUAGAAAGGGAAUGUGACUUAACCAUUUAUAUGAAGUCAGGCUCAUAUAAAAAUAUGAAAUUCUUUCCCAGAAUUUCAGAAUGUACUUAAUUCAUGAGCAGUGUGCUUCAGUGCAAAAUCAUGAGUUUUUUUAAACAUCCAAACUAUGUGUUGUCAUUCAAAUUAUGUAAACAUUCUGUCUUGUUUUCUGAAAUGCUUUUAUUUUGGUGGGCCUAGCACUUUUCUGGGGUAUCAGUGUAAUAAAAAGAGCUUUAAAAACUUAUUUGGUUAUUUUUUAUCCUUUCUUUUUUAAGUCAAUUCUUUA